CUGACGAAUCAUCAUCCUCUUCGUUUCUCUCCGCAGUCCCCUGCUGCCUACUGGCCGCCGGCCGAAGGCGACAAGCGAGGCCGCCGAUCAAUCGACGCCCGUUUCCUUGUCCCAGGGUCUCACGCGAUCGUCGUACCCUCUCCGCAGAGGCUGAAGACGCUUUGCUCUUUUGAUAAAACGUUGCUGGGUUGCAGCAUGAGUAGUUGGGCAUAGCGGGAUUACCUUGAGCUAGUGCUCUGGUCUCGGUUGUAGCAGGAAGCAAUGGGCAUCCCAAGAGCCUGUUCGUUUUACUGGUUGUUCGAUGUGCUGGUUCUUGUCUGUGGCUUGUGUCAGAUACUUUAUAUUGGAUCUGUGGCAGCGCAAACUGCUCAGUUGAGUGUGGAUGCUUCACCUCAUAAUGCUCAGGUGAUCCCUGGAAAUAUGUUUGGCAUCUUCUUUGAGGAGAUCAACCAUGCUGGAGCUGGUGGAUUGUGGGCAGAGCUUGUAAGCAACAGAGGUUUUGAAGCUGGUGGUGCUAAUACUCCUUCAAACAUUGACCCAUGGCUGAUUAUUGGGGAUGAAUCCAAUAUUAUUGUGGCAACAGACCGAUCAUCCUGUUUUGCUGGUAACCCAAUUGCACUUCGAAUGGAAGUACUUUGUGAAGCUAGUGGUUGCCCUUCAGGAGGUGUUGGAAUAUACAAUCCUGGUUACUGGGGCAUGAACAUUGAGAGAACAAAGGUUUAUAGAGCUACCAUGUACAUUAGAUCGUCAGAGGCGGUGGAGUUGACAGUUUCCUUAACAAGUUCAGAUGGUCUUCAAAAUCUAGCUUCUCAUACCAUCACGGGUGACAAAGAAGACUUUGUUGAGUGGACGAAGGUUGAAUUUGAUUUAGAGUCAAACGAUAGAAAUACUAAUUCAAGACUUCAGCUUACGACCACCAAAAGUGGCAUAAUUUGGUUCGAUCAAGUAUCACUUAUGCCAGAAGAUACUUACAUGGGGCAUGGUUUCCGUAAAGAUCUUGCCUCUAUGCUCGCAAAUCUGAAGCCCCGAUUUCUAAAAUUUCCAGGUGGCAACUAUGUAAUGGGGAACUAUCUUGUAAAUUCAUUCCGCUGGAGUGAAACUGUUGGACCAUGGGAAGAAAGACCUGGCCAUUUCAAUGAUGCUUGGGCCUACUGGACUGAUGAUGGACUUGGAUUUUUUGAGUUCCUCCAACUAGCAGAAGACCUUGGUGCUUGCCCAGUUUGGGUGGUCAAUGAUGGGGCCAGCCUUAACGAAGAAGUUCCAUCUGCAACAAUAGCUGCUUUUGUAAAGGAUGUUGUUAAUGGUAUUGAGUUUGCCAGGGGAGAUCCCCAGACUGCAUGGGGUUCAGUUCGUGCAGCAAUGGGACAUCCAGAGCCCUUUCAGCUUUAUUAUGUUUCAGUAGGGAAUCAAGAAUGUUCUAAAUACUAUUAUAAAGAUAACUACGUGAAGUUCUAUUCUGCAAUAAAAGCGUCCUACCCAGACAUCAAAAUCAUAUCAAGCUGUGAUAGAUCUGCUAUUUCACCAGUCAACCCAGCUGAUUUGUAUGAUGUUCAUGUCUAUACCUCAUCAGGUGAUAUGUUUUCCAAAUCUAGAAUGUUUGAUAAUACAGCCCGCAGUGGACCCAAGGCAAUUGUUAGUGAAUAUGCUGUGACUGGAAAUGAUGCUGGCCGAGGAACACUGAUAGCUGCUUUAGCUGAAGCUGCAUUUCUCAUCGGAUUAGAAAGAAACAGUGAUGUGGUUGAAAUGGCAAGUUGUGCCCCGCUCUUCGUAAAUGAUAAUGAUCGAAGGUGGAACCCAGAUGCCAUAGUCUUUAACUCAUGGCAGCACUACGGAUGUCCAAAUUACUGGAUGCUACACUUCUUCAAAGAUUCAAGCGGUGGGGCACUUCAUCCAUCCACUAUUCAACUGUCAAACUAUGAUCAACUGGUCACAUCUGCUAUCACUUGGAAUAAUUCACAAGAUGGAAAUACUUACCUGAAAAUAAAGGUUGUAAAUUUUGGGAGCAAAGCUGUUAACCUUAAUAUAUCUGUAACUGGGCUGGAAACUGAUAUCCGGACAUUUGGAUCCAUCAAGACGGUUCUUACCUCUGGGUGGCUGCGGGACGAAAACUCCUUCCAGCAGCCAGACAAGCUGCUCGUGUACGGCCCGCUCGGCUUCGGGGGCCGGCCCGAGGCCGAGGCGGUGAAGGUCUCGCUCUCCCUCGUGUACAUGUUCAUCUUCGCCUGGCUUGAGGCCGCCACGGGCGGCGCCUCCUACAACCCGCUCACCGUCCUUGCCGCCGCCGUCGCAUCCCACGGCGGACCCGCCGUGUACCUAUUCACAGCCUUCGUACGAAUCCCUGCCCAGGUGGUUGGGGCAGUUCUGGGAGUGAAGCUCAUUCAGUUUACUUUCCCUAAUGUGGGUAAGGGAGCUCGCUUAAGUGUUGGUGCUCAUCAUGGAGCGUUAGCUGAAGGAUUAGCAACUUUCAUGGUUGUUAUGGUAUCAGUGACUCUUAAGAAGAAGAAGAUGAAAAGUUUCUUUAUGAAGACAUGGAUCACAAGCAUCUGGAAGAACACAAUUCAUAUCCUGAGCUCAGACAUUACUGGAGGGAUUAUGAACCCUGCAUCUGCUUUUGCUUGGGCAUAUGCUCGAGGAGAUCAUACAACAUUUGACCACCUACUGGUAUAUUGGCUGGCGCCCCUCCAAGCGACCCUGUUGGGAGUAUGGGUGGUGACCUUCUUAACUAAACCCAAGAAGAUCAAGGAGCAAGAAGCAGAUGAAAACAAGACCAAGAAGGAAUAGACUAUUCUUGAAUUACUAUCCACCAUCAUUUGUGCAGUUAGAGCUUCAUUUCAUCUUCUUAACAAGACAAGAUGAAUGCUUUGAAGCUAAUCUACGGAAUGUUAAUCUCACCUUGAAGUCUGCUUGGUCUGCAUUUCUUGUAUCUGGCUCCGCUUAGAUUGUCCAGAAGCUUGUAAAUAACUGUUCCAGCCAAGAUAUUGGGAACACUUUGUAUGGGAGGUAAAUCAAUUGCAAUCUAUUCUUAUCCAUAUUUUUUUUCA